CCUUCCCUACUCGCCCAUUUCCCGACGCGCCCGAGUCACCCCGAGCGCAGCCGCAGCCGCAGCCUCGCGUCCGCCCCUUCCGCCACCCCGACGAGCUCCGUCGCCUCCUCUCCUCCUGGUCCAACCCCCCAGCGCCUUCAUCUCCAACGGGGCGAGCUCGACGACCAGAGCCACCACCCCCGUCGCUUCCGUCUAGGAACGGGACGAGCCGGCGCCGCUCUGCUGCCUCCUCUCCUGCUCCAGAGCUGCAGCGACCGAGGCGAGCCGACUACAUCAGCUGCCUUCCGAUUUAAGGCGGCGGCGACGACGUGUACGACGGGGGCGACUGGAGCGUGCACCGCGACCUGCAGAUGUUAUGGAACUUAUUGAGAAGGAGGGGAAUGAUAUGGUCGCCAGCUUUCGGGACAGCAAGAGUCGAACGUUGCUUCACCUUGCAGCUCGCAAAGGCAAGGCGGAUAUCUGCUCAUAUCUAAUUAGUGAAGUUGGCAUCGAUGUGAAUGCUGCCUAUGGUAAAGGUCAAACAGCAUUGAAGAUAGCUACAGAUAAAAGUCAUAUGGAAACUGUUGAAUGCCUGCUCAACAACGGGGCCGAUCCAUCUGUCCUGAAUAUUGGGCCAACUAUACUGUGUAUGGCUGCAAAGUUUGGAAGAUUAGGAAUAAUGAAGCUUCUACUUGACAAGGGAGUUAAUGUUGAUGCCAAAGGCUUUGAGGGUACUGCACUUGCGUGUGCUGCUAGGUGCAGACAAAUAUGUGCAGUCAAGUUUCUCAUAGAACACGGUGCUAAGGUGCAGCCAGAACCAGAGUUCAAUUCCGUUCAUGAAGUCACACCUCUAUCUUGUGCUGUCUCCUUCGGUUCAUUCGAGUGUUUUGAUCUUUUAAUAGAGGCAGGCGCAGAUCCUAAAUUUAUCAAGAAUCCUCUACACGCUGCUGCUGCUAGUGGGAGCAUCAAGCUAGUCGAUUGGUUUCUAAAAUAUGGAGCUGACCCAGAUUAUUGUGAUCAUGUCGAUGGGUUGAAGCCAAUACAAGUUGCCGCACAACGUAAACAUGUUGAUAUUGUUGAGUUUCUUUUCCCAUGGACCACAGAAAUUUCAGAUAUUUUGAACUGGUCCGUGGCUGGUAUUAUUGAGACUUAUGCUGAGAACAAGCCGCUAGACGUUUCACAUAAGGAAACCACUUUGAGAAGAAUUUCAUCGACUAAGAUGAACGUGAGUAUUCUGUCGGACGAAGAAAUCAACCUUAAAAUCAAGGCAAUGGUACCAGAAACAGAGUAUCAGUUCUUUUCCAAAUGGUCAGCCGCAAAGAAGCGGCUGUUUUAUGAGUCUACAUUGUAUGGACUGCCAGAACCGAAUCGAAUUUUCAAUUAUGAUGUUGGAGAAAUAAAGAGCAGUGUCAUUUUUGACAUCACAAGUCCUAGUCCCACCAAGGUACAGGCGAGUUAUUUGAGGGCAAUAAGUGUUUAUCGUUUUUGGCACUUUGCGGGGUCUGAUACAGUUUAUGAGCUUGGACCUGGUGGCAAUAAAGUCACUGUUUCGAGAGCAGAUGGGACAUUUAUAUUUUGGUUCAGGAAUAAUAAUAAUGAUGUUGGUGUAGUGAUUGAUGGUCAAAGUAUUUGGAUUUCGGGUUUCGUCCGAAGGAGUCGUAAUGACGAUGGAAGCUUUUCUUAUAAUCUUCCUAUCCAUUUCUCUGUUGGCAUGAUGAAGCAACCUUCAAACAAUAUAUUGACAGCUGCUGGCAGAUCAAAGACAUUGACAGUCAUGAUGAAGCAAACUUUGAAAAAUAUAUUAUUGCCUCUGAUUUGAUGUUAUCAAAUUUAGGUGGUUCGUACGAUGGUGGUGUUUCAGGGCUAAAGCUAAAAAUACACGCGCUUCGUGCUGCUGUUAAUGCUAUUAGUACUCACGAAGAGAACAUGUCUUUUAAGGACACCUGCCAUGCCAUGUUGCGUCUGAUAUGCUUAUUUUGUAUUCCACUGAGGCUGGAAAGAACGAUUGGAUAUUUCAGUACACCAUGAAGUCCCUGGAGAGGAAGCAGGUGGAUGCACCUAUUUCAAUACCCUCUUGUUUGGAUGGAACGGUGACAAACCACAGACAAGUUUCUCAUAGUGCUCUCAAUGCCCUCGACACAAUAACUGAGAAAAGAUCUAUAGGAACUGCUGCUGCUUGUAAUGCUGAUGUGCCUAUUCCAGCACCUUGUUUGGAUGGCAGUGUCACAAAUCAGAGACAGGUAUCUCAUAUUGCUCUGGAUGCCCUUGAUAAAGUAAUUGAAAAAACAGCAAUGGAUACUUUUGCUGCCUCUACUGUUGCUGCUGCUGCUGCUGCCGAUGAAGAUGAUAAUUAUGAGGAGGAGGAGAAGGGGCAGGAGGAUAAAGAAGGUGGAAUCAGUUCAUAUAAUGGCGAUGUUUUUACUGCUGCUGCUGCUGAUACAUGUGUCAAUGAUGAUGCUACUGCGUAUGAUGAUGAGAAGGGGUAGGAGGAGAAGGAGAAGGAGAAGGAGAAGGAGAAGGAGAAGGGGCUGAAGGAGGAAGAGGAUACAAUAACUGAAAAAACAGCAAUUGAUACUUUUGCUGCCUCUACUGUUAGCACUGUUGCUGCUGCUGAUGAUGAUGAGGAGGAGGAGAAGGGGCAGGAGGAUAAAGAAGGUGGAAUCAGUUCAUAUAAUGGCGAUGUUUUUACUGCUGCUGCUGCUGAUACAUGUGUCAAUGAUGAUGCUACUGCAUAUGAUGAUGAGAAGGGGGAGGAGGAGAAGGAGAAGGAGAAGGGGCUGGAGGAGGAAGAGGAUGGAACAAAUUCAUGCAACAUUGGUCUUGCUGAUGUUGAGGAGGAGGAUGAGGAGGAGGAGAAGGGGCUGGAGCAGGAAGAGGGUAAAAUCAAUUCAUGCAACACAGUGACGGGUCCUGCUAAUGAUGACAUUGAGGAGGAUGACAAGGUUAAGAUUCGGGAAGAGGAGAAGAGACGGGAGGAGGAGGAGAAGGCAUACGAGCUUGUGACUGGUGUGCCUUUCCGAAGAUUAUCCCAGUGCCUUGAUGCCUAUGUUAUACUGCGAAGAAGAAAAGUUAUCAAAACCAGGUUCUUUCUCCCGAACAAGAAAUCUGAGUUCUUGGAGCAAGAAACUGCUGCAAUAAUGAAGCAUAGUGAUGAAAAUGAUGAGCACUUUAAAGAAAGAUUACUCGAAGCAAAUCUCAGAAGAGGAACGCUUUUCACUGUAGAAGAUCAUGGAGACAUCGGGAAGUACAGAGGCAGAGUGUGGCCCAUGCCACCAAGGCCAUACUCCAAAAAGAAGGGCACGAAACUUCGGUGGUAUUAUUUAGAGCCUGAGUAGGAUAGAUAAGUAUAAUCUUUGAAGGUGACAUGGCGAUGUUGCACAUGGGCUCGCCUGCUAAAGCUAUGGGUGCCAAUCGAACACUGGCGAGUGUACGCGGGCAUUGAAUGUGAUCGGAGGUCCAAGACAUGUGUACCUACCGUGGAACAGUCGUAUACGGUGAACUCGCCGGUUAAUAUGACGAUCCCGUCACGGCAGGAUGAUACCUGUUCCAGUUGUACAUAACGGGGUGCAUUUUGCAUGGCCCAUGCGUGAUGUAGGAGUAUAUGGAUACAAUGCCUAACCUGUUUGCUGUGGUAAGAUUGCAUGCGUAUUCUUUUU